AGGCAUUAUAGUCGAUAGUUGGAUUCAAAAGAAAAUUCGUCAAUAAACUUUAGUUUACUUGUACACUAGUGAAAUUAUCUUCUAAUAGUAUAAUGUAUACAUAAUAAUAUAUAAACAUUUGACAUAGUCAGAAUAAGUCAGAAUAAGUGAUUGCUUAUUGUAUUAGGUCGACACCUACCCGAUUAUUUUAUGGAAGUUCAAUAAUAUGAAGAUCCUGUGAUGUUGCAACAGUAAUUACAUAAAAAUGGAAUUAGGAAAUUCAAGUAUUCUGCAUAUGGGAGACAUCGUUUCCCUAUAUGCAGAGGGAAAUGUUUGCGGAUUUCUAAGCACUUUGGGGUUAGUAGAUGAUAGGUGUGUGGUAUGCCCUGAAUCAGGAAAUUUAACAUAUCCACCAAAGAAGUUCAGGGAUUGUUUGUUCAAAAUAUGUCCCAUGAACAGGUACUCAGCCCAGAAGCAAUUCUGGAAAGCAGCCAAACAGAGUAUGAGCUCUAAUACAGACACAAGUCUUUUGAAAAGGUUACAUCAUGCUGCUGAAAUUGAAAAAAAGCAAAAUGAAUCUGAAAACAAAAAAUUAUUGGGUACAAAAGUUCAGUAUGGAAAUGUGGUUCAGUUACUUCACCUCAAGUCAAAUAAGUACUUAACAGUCAAUAAGCGACUGCCUGCAUUACUAGAGAAAAAUGCAAUGAGAGUGUACUUAGAUAGCAAUGGAAAUGAAGGAUCUUGGUUUUAUAUUUUGCCAUUUUAUAAACUCCGAGCCACAGGUGAUAAUAUUGUUCUUGGUGAUAAAGUAAUUUUAAAUCCCUUAAGUCCUGGUCAACAACUUCAUGUUUCGAACCAUAAAUUACCAGACAAUCCUAGUUGUAAAGAAGUUAAUAUUGUUAAUGGAAAUACAUCUUGGAAAGUUACACUUUUCUUGGAACAUAAAGAAAAUUUGGAAGAUAUCUUGAAAGGAGGAGAUGUAGUGAGAUUGUUUCAUGCAGAACAGGAGAAAUUUCUCACUAUGGAUGAAUAUAAGAAACAGUAUAAUGUAUUUUUGAGAACCACCGGCCGUACUAGUGCUACAGCAGCUACUAGUAGUAAAGCUUUAUGGGAAGUUGAAGUAGUUCGACAUGAUCCAUGCCGAGGUGGAGCUGGUAAUUGGGACUCUUUAUUCAGGUUUAAACAUUUAGCAACAGGACAGUACUUAGCUGUAGAUGUAGAUAACGACCAUGUAGAAUCCGAAGAAGACAAAAAUAAAAGCGAAUCUGAACGCAAUGACAAUCGUCGAUAUCAUCUUGUACCACUGGGCUGCGUUUAUGACAUAGCCACUUUAUUCGAAUUAGAUCCUACAAGUUUAACAAGAGCAGAUUCUUUGGUACCACAAUCAAGCUAUGUGAGGUUACAUCAUAUGAUAACAAAUAGUUGGGUACAUUCAACUUCUGAAUCAAUAGAUAAGGAUGAAGAAAAACCAGUUAUGUCAAAAGUUGGAUGUGCUGUAACGAAGGAAGAUAAGGAAGCAUUUGCUCUUGUUGCUGUUUCUCCAGUCGAAGUUAGAGAUUUAGAUUUUGCUAAUGAUGCUUGUAAGCUACUGACAUCUUUAUCAGUUACAUUAGAACAAGGAACUAUAUCUCAGAAUGAAAGAAGAUCUUUAACAACACUUCUCCAUGAUAUUGUGUACUUCAUUGCUGAACUAGAAAACGAACAGAAUAAAGCAGAAGCCUUAGAAUUAAUAGUAACAAAUCCAAAUCGGGACCGCCAAAAACUUUUAAGAGAGCAAUCUAUUCUAAAACAACUGUUUAAAAUAUUACAGGAUCCAUUUGUGGAUAAAGGUGGUGAAGGACCUUUUCUGAAAAUAGAAGAGUUGAAUGAUCCUAAACAUGCCCCUUACAAACACAUAUUUAGACUUUGUUACAGAAUUUUAAGGUUAAGUCAGCAAGAUUACAGAAAAAAUCAAGAAUAUAUAGCAAAACAUUUUGGAUUUAUGCAAAAGCAAAUAGGAUACGAUAUUUUGGCGGAAGAUACAAUAACUGCUCUACUUCACAAUAACAGGAAGUUAUUAGAAAAGCAUAUAACUCCAGCGGAAAUAGAAACUUUUGUAGGAUUAGUUAGGAAGAAUAUGAAAAAUUGGGAAUCUCGAUUUUUAGAUUACUUGUCAGAUCUGUGUAUUUCUAAUAAAAAAGCAAUACCAGUAACACAAGAACUUAUUUGUAAAAGUGUUCUUAGCCAAAAAAAUUCCGAUAUAUUGAUUGAAACUGAAAUGAUAAACACUCAAGUUGAAGUACAAGAAGUCAAUGAAGAUGGUUCAAUAGAUCGAGAAGAUGAAUCUGUUAUUACAGAUGUGGACGAAAUACAAUUAUCGUUUGGCACUCCAAAGAAAACUGUUUUCCUCACAGAUCUCUGUAGAAAUGCUCGUCUAGGAAAUAAAGAAGAUCAAGCAAUUUUAGAUUAUUACCGUCACCAAUUAGAUCUAUUUUCGAAUAUGUGCUUAAAUCGUCAAUACUUGGCUCUGAAUAAUUUGUCUCCUAGACUCUCAAUCGAAUUAAUAUUGAAAUGUAUGUCAGAUGAAAACGUUAGUUUCGAUCUCAGGGCGUCGUUUUGCAGACUUAUGCAGAAUUUGCAUGUCGAUAGAGACCCGCAGGAACUUGUUACUUCUGUAAAGUAUGCAAGACUUUGGUCAGAAAUUCCAUCUCAGAUGUCGAUCUCAGACUACGAUUCCAAUAAAACUCCGAAUGCUAAUAAAGAAGCCGUCCGAGAAAAUUUUUCUUCUACUAUUUCUUUUGUUGGAGAGUAUCUCUGUAAUGUAGUAGCUAAAAAAUGGUCUUUUGCUGAUCAGGAGCAAAAUAAGUUAACGUCGGAGGUCGUGAAAUUAGCUAAAGAACUAAUUUAUUUUGGCUUUUAUAGUUUCUCAGAUUUGCUUAAAUUAACAAAAACACUACUCAAUAUUUUGGACUGUGUAUCUGAGAGUGAUUUUUUGGAUGGACGUGUACCCACUGUAGAUAUUGAUUCAGGAGAGCCAACGCUAGGGAGUAGAGCCGAGGGAGGUGUUUUGAGAACCAUAGGAGAUAUGGGAGCUGUUAUGACAUCGUUAACACUAGGAUCAGGAGGUAGAGGCGGUUUAUCACCUACUUCUGUGUCACAUGGUAAAGCUACUCAGUACAUGAAAGAAUAUCCGUUGGUCAUGGAUACCAAACUUAAAAUCAUAGAGAUUUUACAGUUCAUUCUAGAUGUAAGGCUGGAUUACCGCAUUAGUUGCCUUCUUAGUAUUUUUAAACAAGAAUUCGACGAGAACGAAAAAAAUACAAGUAGCGGAGGUGGGGAUGUUAAUUUGGGACAGAAGAAUAUUGAUCUAGAACGAAUAGCCAGUCAAGCUGAGGGAAUAUUUGGGAGUAGUGAAGAGUGUGCGGUCCUAGAUCUAGAUGGACACGGGGGAAGAACGUUUUUAAGAGUUCUGCUACAUUUAACUAUGCAUGAUUAUCCUCCUUUGGUAUCAGGCGCUUUACAGUUAAUGUUUAGACAUUUUAGCCAGCGACAAGAAGUUUUGCAAGCAUUUAGACAAGUUCAACUAUUAGUUUCUGAUAGUGAUGUAGAAUCAUAUAAACAAAUAAAAGCUGAUUUAGAUGUUUUAAGACAGUCUGUAGAAAAAUCCGAACUUUGGGUGUAUAAAGCAAGAUCAUUAGAAGAUCAUGCCCCUACUAAGAAGAAUAAAAAUGAUGAAGAAGAAACUACAUCUAGUAGCAAGACCACUACAAUGGGCGUACUAGAGAAAAAAGGCUCUGCUAUAAAUCUAGACGUUGGACCUCCAUUACAUCCUGACCAAGCUGAAGAGUAUAAAAAAAUACAACAAAUAUUAAUAAGAAUGAAUAAAUUGUGCACUCAGGGUUCACCAGGGGGAGUUAUUAAACCGCAAAAACACGAACAACGAUUAUUAAGAAAUGUCGGAGUCCAUACAGUUGUUCUAGAUCUUCUUCAGGUUCCUUAUGACGAAAAAGAAGAUAUUAGAAUGAAUGAACUUAUGAGGCUCGCUCAUGAGUUUCUACAAAACUUCUGUUUGGGAAAUAAACAGAAUCAAGUGUUACUGUAUAAACAAUUAGAUCUCUUUCUUAAUCCAGGGAUUCGAGAAGCUCAGACAGUAUGUGCAAUAUUUCAAGAUAAUUCAAAACUAUGCAAUGAAGAGAAUGAAAAAGUUAUACAACAUUUUGUAUAUUGUAUUGCAACACAUGGAAGACACGUGCAAUAUUUAAAGUUUUUACAGACUAUAGUAAAAGCAGAAAAUAAGUUUAUUCGCAAGUGCCAAGAUAUGGUUAUGCAAGCGUUGAUUAAUGCUGGUGAAGAUGUGCUAGUUUUUUAUAAUGAUAAAGCUUCGUUCAAUCAGUUUAUAGAAAUGAUGAGAUCUGAACGUCAUUGUAUGGAUGAAGGAAGUCCCUUGAAAUAUCAUGUAGAGUUAGUAAAACUACUUUCCUGCUGUACAAUGGGAAAAAACGUCUAUACUGAAAUUAAGUGUCAUAGUUUAUUACCUUUAGAUGAUAUAGUUGCAAUGGUUAUUCAUCCAGAUUGUAUACCAGAAGUGAAAGAAGCAUACGUAGGUUUUUUGAAUCAUUGUUACAUAGAUACAGAAGUGGAAAUGAAAGAGAUUUAUAAUUCAAGUCAUAUGUGGACGCUAUUUGAAAAAUCUUUUCUUGUUGAUAUGGCUGACAUAGCAACAGCGCCAAACGACAGAAAACACUCAGACAAAGCACUCGAAAACUACGUUACGAAUUGUGUUAUGAAUAUAAUUACUACUUUCUUUAAUAGUCCUUUUUCUGAUCAAAGUACUACGGUUCAGAAACAUCUGCAUGAAGCAAGGGUAUUUUGGAGCGACUCUACAGUGGAUGAUUAUGAUCCUUUCUCGGGUAAUGUUCAACUCAAACAAUCUCCAUUGUCUACUAACACAAGGCAACCCAUUUUUGUACAGCUAUUGCAAUCAGCAUUCAGAGUAUCUCAGUGUCCUUGGCUAGCAGCAUCACAACGCUUUAAUGUUGAAAAUUGUAUUCGUACUCUGUCUGAAGUUGCUAAAAAUAGAGGUAUUGCUAUACCUUUGGAUUUAGAAAGUCAAGUAACUGCAAUGUUUAAUAGAGCAACAAUUUUGACAAGACAGACAAGUAAAUGGUUACAGGCUUCUAAAGCUCCAAAAAUGGAAAGAUCUCAAUCACAGAUUAUGCGAUUGGAUAGAAGUAUUAUAGAGGGUUUACAAGACAUAGUAUCGGUGCUAGAAGAUCAGUUGAAACCUUUAGUACAAUCAGAACUUUCUCUCUUAGUUGACGUUUUGUAUAGACCUGAAUUAUUAUUUCCACCAGGAACUGAACCUAGAAAAAAAUGUGAAAGUGGUGGAUUCAUUAGAAGGUUGAUUAAACAUACUGAAAAACUUAUGGAAGAAAAAGAAGAAAAACUAUGUGUAAAAGUUUUGAGAACCUUAAGGGAAAUGAUGGCCAUCAACUGCGAAUAUGGUGAAAAGAACGAAAAUCAGUCUGAAAAUGAGAUGGGAGAUGUUCUUAGGAACAUUUUACUAGCACGAUACUUUGAAAAGGCCUAUGUUUUAAAUAACUGUUCUGUGGAAUUAAGCAGUGGACUUCCUCUGCCUGCUACCCAUGGUCCUGGAGCCAAAAUUUUAAGCAGAGCAGGCAGAACAUUACAUGAAGUACAAACGCAUUUAGAUCGAGAAGGAGCCUCCGAUAUAGUUGUAGAAUUAGUUAUUAAGAGUGGAAACUCGCCGUCAAUAUUUAGUGAAGCUGUUGAAUUGGGCAUAGCCCUUCUUGAAGGGGGUAAUCCGAUUAUACAGAAAAGUAUGUUCAAUAAGUUAGUUGGAGGUGACAUGAGUCAAUCCUUCUUUAAGGUAUUCCAUGACAAAAUGAAAGAUGCUCAGCAAGAAAUUAAAUCUACUGUAACUGUUAAUACUUCUGAGCUAGCAGCAAAAGCUCAAGAAAAUAAACAGGAUGACAAAGGUGAAAAAAUGGCUCGAAAGUCAGAUAGUAAAUCUAACGGAAUACUUAUAACUCCUGAAUUGAGGGAUGAACUGAAUUGUGUUGCUGCAGAAACCAAUGCUCAAGGGGAAGACGGCACAAUUGUAUCAACUGCUUCUUCACUUGAAGAUUUAUUAGCUGAAAAAUUUGAAAAACAAAGAGAACGUGAUGAUGCCAAUGCUUUAUCUAAUAAAAUUCUGAUAAUGCAACCCAUAUUAAGAUUUCUGCAGUUACUAUGCGAAAACCAUAAUUCAUCACUGCAGAAUCUGUUACGCAAUCAAAACAAUAAAAGUAACUUUAAUUUAGUGUCGGAAAGUUUAAUGUUCUUGGAUUGCAUUUGUGGGUCUACCACAGGUGGAUUAGGCCUUUUAGGUCUAUACAUUAACGAAAACAAUGUUUCACUUAUAAAUCAAACCCUGGAAACCUUAACAGAAUAUUGUCAAGGACCAUGUCAUGAAAAUCAAAAUUGUAUAGCAACACAUGAGUCAAAUGGUUUGGAUAUUAUCAUAGCAUUAAUUUUGAAUGACAUAAAUCCAUUAGGAAAGACAAAGAUGGAUUUAGUGUUGGAAUUGAAAAAUAACGCGUCUAAAUUGUUACUGGCUAUUAUGGAAAGUCGCGGCGACAGUGAGAAUGCCGAAAGAAUCUUAUCAAAUAUGAUUCCAAAACAGUUAGUUGAUGUCGCUUGUAAUGCUUUUCAUCAAGAAGAUGAAAACAAUGACUCCAACGGUUCAGAAAGAGAUGAUAUGGUAUCACCAAGAGAAGUCGGACAUAAUAUUUGGAUUUUAUGUCACCAGUUAGCUCAACAUAAUAAAGACUUGGCCACAUUGCUUAAACCAUCUGAAACCGGAGACCAGAAAACUCAAAAAGCUGUAGACUAUUAUGCUUCUCAUACUGCUCAAAUUGAAAUCGUUCGACAGGAUCGUACUUUAGAGCAGAUAGUGUUUCCAAUACCAGAAAUUUGUGAGUAUUUAACAGAUGACACUAAAUUCCGAGUUCUCAACACAGCAGAGAGAGAUGAUCAAGGUUCUAAAGUGGCUGAUUUCUUUAAAAGAACAGAAGAUAUGUUUAACGAAAUGAAGAGGCAAAAAGAACUUAGAGCACAACCUGUGAGGUUCUGGAUUAGUAACUAUAUGUCGUUAUGGAGUACUAUACUUUUCAAUUUUGUUAGAGCUAUUAAUUUAAUAGUGGCUUGCUAUUAUCCAUUUGAUAAUGUCAUUCCAACGGUCGAUUCUAGAAUAUCUAUAUUUAUUUGGCUUGUAAUAAUGUGUUCCAUCGCUAUAGUGAUGACGUCACCCGGAGAAACUGCGAUUCAGCUGUUAGCAGCUUCUACAAUUUUCAGACUGAUUUGCUCAUUUGGUCCUGAACCAACACUGUCGCUUUUGGGUACCUUAACAAUUGCAUUAAAGUUUAUUCAUCUAGUCAGUAUAAUGGGAAAUCAUGGUACACUUACUAAAACAUAUCAACAGAUUAUAACAGAUGCGGAGCUAGUAUAUCAUUUGGUGUACUUAAUAUUUUGUGUCUUGGGUCUUGUACAUCCGUUUUUCUAUAGUGUCCUGUUGUUUGAUGUCGUGUAUCGUGAAGAAACAUUAUUAAAUGUGAUCCGUUCAGUUACUAGAAAUGGCCGAUCUAUGUUCUUAACAGCAGUUUUAGCCUUGUUCCUUGUAUACAUAUUUUCAAUAAUAGGAUAUAUUUUCUUUAAGAACGAUUUUAUAGUCAGUGUAAACAAAAAAAAUGAAUCGUGUGAAACUAUAUCUGAAAUGACUGGCAGACAUUAUGAAGAAGAUGAAACUGGUCAGUUUUGUGAACUUGUGGAUGCUGGUGAUGAGAAACAGGAACGUGCCUGUGAUUCGUUGAGAAUGUGUAUUAUUACUACUUUGAACCAGGGCUUAAGAAACGGAGGAGGUAUUGGUGAUAUUUUAAGAGCUCCGAGUAGUGAGGAACCAUUGUUUUUGGCUAGAGUUGUAUAUGAUUUGCUGUUUUUCUUCGUAGUUAUAAUUAUUGUACUUAAUCUCAUUUUUGGUGUCAUUAUUGACACUUUCGCUGAUUUAAGAUCAGAAAAGCAACAGAAGGAACUGAUUUUGAAAAAUACAUGCUUCAUUUGUGGUCUAAAUAGGUCUGCUUUUGAUAACAAAAUUGUAAGUUUCGAAGAUCAUAUAAAAUGUGAGCAUAAUAUGUGGCACUAUCUGUACUUCAUAGUUCUAAUUCAAGUAAAAGAUCCCACCGAAUUUACUGGUCCUGAAAGCUACGUAUAUGCAAUGGUUAAAGCUGCAAACUUGGAAUGGUUCCCGAGAUUGCGUGCCAUAUCAUUAGCAGCCGUGGAAAGAGAAGGGGAACAGAUUGAAUUCAAAAGUCUUCAAGUUCAGUUGCAAAAGACAGAACUAUUGGUGACUACUUUGAGUCAACAGCUCAUGGAGCUAAAGGAUCAGAUGGCAGAACAAAGGAAACAGAAACAGAGAUUGGGGCUUUUAAGUUCCAAUUCUGCUUAUUUGCAAACUUCAAAUUUGACUUAGAUGCUAGUCUUGGAAAAACUAAUCGUAUAGACACUCUGUAAACAUUUUAAACAGUUGAAAAAAUCUGAUAGCCAAUAAAUAAGACGUAUUUUAUGUUAUAUUUUUAUACAAGUUUAAAUAUUCACACAUAUUGUUAUAUUUUAGUUUUAUUUUAUUUAAAAUGUCUACAGAUUGAUAUGGAAGGAAUUAUAGAUCUUUCAUUGCUCAAAACUUCAACUUAGGAUACGUAGAAUAGAUUCCUAGCUAAAUGUUAGAGUUUUUGGGCAAUUUGUUUUUUUUAUUUCAAUUUAUUGGUUCUGCUGUUUUAGUUUUGAUUAUUUUAAAUUUAUAAUUUUGUCAUGACUACUUUCUAAUUUCUUAUGGUUUCAAAUAUUGCACAAUUUUAGUGUGCCGCAGUUCCUUUUUAUUUUUAUUUUAUUAGUUUCAAACAUCCCGGUGAUAUAUAUUUUUUAUUAAAGUAUUUUUCUUCUAUUAUAUUUGUGCAAAUUAUUGUUCUAGAUAAUAUUGAUUAUAAUCAUGCGAUUUUGAUUAUUCUGGCUGUCUCACAAAAGCUAUUAACUCCAAAUAAGAAAAUAAACAUGGUAAUGAUUACUUUUGAAAGAACUAUUAAUGUUUCAUACAAGUUUAACAUAUUACAAUAACAAAUAUUUGCAAUUUUGGCCAUAUUAGUUAUUUAAAAAAAUGUCCUGUUGUGUUUGUUGAAGAACUGCUCGUUAUUAAUGUAAUAUCGGCCAAAAAUGUAGAUAUAAAUACUUGUAAAUAUAUUGGACAAGUUCGAUUUAGCCUAGUUUAAUUACUGCAAGUUGAGUUUGUUUUUAAGACAAACAGUAUGUUUCCAAUUCACUUAAUAAUCAUGAUCCAUUUUUCUGUUAACCUUGCGUAACUAACAUGUUUAAUUGUAACAUACAAGAUAUCAGUCUCCGAGACAGUUAAAUGAAAUGGCACAUCAUUGGAAGGCAAAGUGUUGAUAAUAUAUCAUUCACAAUAGAAUUUGGGAGAAUAAAGCAUUCUUAUUCAUUAUCAUUUUCUUUAUUCAUCAUGCAUAAUUGAAUUAAACGGAAUUAAAUAAAUUUCUAGAAAAUCAAAGUAAUGAACUUAAGAUAAAAACGGAAAAUUGAAAAUUUAUUAUUAUUGUAGUAGAAACUAAAAUGAGAAUUUCCUAAACGUCAGUCUUUCAUUAUAAAAGCACAAGCUAUAACAAUUCUCGAAAUUUUACUGUUGAAAUAAGUCUAUGAUUUCAAUAUAUUCUUUGAUUACUGGCAAUACGUGUUCCAAGCAUAUAAAUUUUUUUACAUUUAUAGCAUUUAUAUUUGAUCUUCCUGCUUUUCGUACUCGAACUAUAAUAACAUCAGUCAUAUACAGAAUCUGGUGGAGCCUCAUUUGCAGUAUCAGAAAUUUUGUAAAUUUCCCCAAUUCUCAUCUUUAUGAUUUUUGGUAUUGUUUUGGUAUAGAAGCGUUUCUUAGGGUGUCGUUCAAGCAAUUAGUUGCCAAGAUUUCCUAAGAACACUCUUCUGGGUUGUUUUGACUGUACAUUUGUAUUAUAUAUCACAUAUGAGUUAAUGGCUGUUCAUUUAGUACGCCAUAAAAAAUUAUGCUGCGCAUAAUUUAUCUACGGUGUCUACGCCUCCUUUAGUUGAUUUAUAAUCAAUGAUCAUCAGGUUUAUCAGCUGCUCUGUCUAUGAUAUCAUCUCUAUGCAUCUCGGGCCUUUUUAACAGAGCAAGUGUUAAACGAAAGGUAAUAUCUGUUGCCGAGACUGAAUGCACUCAAACUCACUGACACGUUUGACACAUGCAACUCACAAUUUUGUAUUGAAGACUGAAGAGAGAUGUUUGUGGUAGGAAGGUACUGGAAGCCGUUGGGCUAUAUCGUGACACAGUCGUAAAUUUUCGGAAAAAUUGUAAACUCUCGGUCUCUGAGACGGCACGUUAGCUUCAGGAGGUUAAUUUUGGAAGGAAUCCAAAAAGUCUGAACUUGUAGAUUAUAAAAUGUGUAGAGAUAUGAGUUCUUUAAAUUAAAUGUUGAAAAAAUUUCAAGGUAAAAAACUGUAUUGUGAGACAUCUGAUAACAAUUUCGUAAAUAUUUGUUAAAUAAUUUAUUCAUAGUCGUUUCUUUGUUAAAUCUCUUGACAGAUCUGUUAGAUAAUUUUUCUACAUCUUGUAGUUGUAGUAUUUACUGUUAAAUUUUUUUAUGAAUAAAAAUUUUAUCUAUAGUAAUAUUUUCUAAAAGUAAUUAUGAAUAUAUAUAAGGGGCGGUGGAUCCUUAAAUACUAAUGUUAUUUUCUUACAUUUUAAAAACACUGAUACUUUAUUUUGAAUGGUAACUACUAUUUGUGUGAAUAAAAAACGAUCAAAAACUGGCCAAUAACAAUAACAGUCAAUUUUCGUUUCAUAUAGAACAUCUAGGCUUAGUUGUUUCAAGUAGUUUUUCACUAUACAAAUUAUACAUUAUGUCAAUUACAAUUCAAAUAUAUUUUUUUAAAUAGGGUAUUUGACAGUUAAAAAAACUAUUUUAAUUUAUCCCUUUUUUUCAAAAAACUACAUUAAAAAAAUAAAAUUCUUGAACAAAUCACGCAUUUUCAAAAUAUCAAAAUUAUGUACCAAGUGCUGUCUAAAUGUCAGUUGGCGUGUGUGACGUUACGUUACUUAAAAAGUAGGAUUGAUAAGUUUAUGCCGAACAUGCGGGAAAAUGUUAUGUAUUAUGUGUACCAAUAAUCAGUUAUUUAUUCUUGUGCGACAUUAACCGGAAACAGUAAUAUAAUAAUAAAAUGGUUGGAGCUGGCACCAGAGACUGGAAACAACGAUUAUUCAAAACUAUGCUUUUGUAAAGAUCGAUAUCAGGAGCACAGAAAAAUUUCAAUAACCAUCAAUCAAAAGUAGAACUUUCUUAUAUGAAGAUCAUUUUAAUGUCAGUAUCACCGAAAAAUUCCAUAUGAUCGGAAACUUAUAUAUUGUUUAAUUUUAUAUAGCAAAUUUUAGUAUUAGAGAUCCGGGUGUCGUCUUAGUCUUAUAACGAUAUAUUUGUAACAAUUUUUAUCAAAAACUUGCCAAAAAAAUUUUACUUAAGGGGGUAUUCUAGUCUAGAAGCCUAAAUCAUACGCAUUUUUGAAACUAACGUUAAAAAAAAUGGAAAUCAUUUUUACUAUCCAUUUAAUAAUAUAAUAUUUAUUGAUAUUCUAAGAAUAUAAAAAAAUCAUAAUUUCAAUAAAUUACAGGCCGGUAAACAGGAGGCUACAAAACAACGGUGCACCCUGGUUCAUAUGAUUCCAGCCUUUGUAUUGAUAUGGAACAAAAACAUUUGAAACAUUCUUAAUCUGUGAACCAUUAGCUUUUCUUCUUUGAAGGGUCUAAGCUUUGAAAAUAUGCAGAAGAAUCGAUUUUUCUAAAUUUCUAGACCAGAAUACAUUAACUGUAGAAACUUAUCUUUCAAAUGUAUUUUGUAUAAGUAAAAUGAUGUGAUGCAGGGUCUUUGGUAUUUGAAGUUACGUAACACAAAUUAAUAUUAUCAAUAUAGCUAUUGGUUAUUAUUAUUUAUUUAAAAAGUACUAAAAGUUCUCUUUAUACAAACUUAAUAUAUGGAUCUUUCUUAUAAUUUAUUUCUAUAACAGUCAAAUACCCUUAGUUGUUACGUUUUAACAGUCUUUCAAAUAUAUUACUUUCAAUGAAAUUCUGGUUUCAACUGGUAUUUAAUAUUCUGGAAUUAUCAAAAAUAUUUCACUGAACCCAAGUCAUAUUAACACUCAACCAUAUUUUCCACAAUUUAAAAAUCAAAAUAUAUUUUUCGGUGACAAAGGAAAAUUGAAGCGUUCUGGAUUUUAUUGGUAUUUUGACAUUCUGAAUGAGUCUUCUUUAACUUACAUAUCAACCAGUAGGAUUCAACAAAUGAAAGUGAUUUUGUUUUCUGUUUUUCCAAAUAUUAGUAUUUCAAUUUUUUGACCUUUUUCGCUGAUUUAAAGUAUUUGGUAGUGUAUCUUCUACUUGAUGAGUGUCUGGUUAUUCAUACUGUUACAAAUGGCAAUCGGAAUAUACCAUCAUUGGUUAAAUAAGUAUUUCACGGAAUGAAUUAACGAAAUUUGGUGAUUGUCCAUUGAUAAUUCAUAUUUUGGAACAAUAACCAUUUAUAUUUGAGACGAAACUCAAAUAUAUACAAACAACGAAUUUUUAGGCAGUAUAAUAAUAUAAAUUAGUAUAGAAAAUGAAAAAUGUUGACAUUAACUUUAAGGACCAUCCCUCUACACAUGCAUUUAAAAAUCUCUCAAUAUAUUUUUCUGUUGAAAGUAUAAUGGAAUAAAUUUUUUGUUGACAUUUGUGUUCUGUUUGUGGUUAUAGGGUUGUAUUUAAGCAAUAUGUGUUUUAAAAACAAAAAGUGUUUUAUUGUUUGUUGUAAUUUGAACUUUCUGUACAAAUUUUAUCUCAAAUAUAUUUCUAUACUACGUUA